CCGCGGGUCCCGCCGAUGCCGGCCAUGGUGGAGAAGGGCCCCGAGGUCUCAGGGAAGCGGAGAGGGAGGAACAACGCGGCCGCCUCCGCCGCCGCCGCCUCGGCUGCCUCAGCCUCGGCCGCCGCCGCCUCGGCCGCCUCAGCCAGCCCAGCCUCGGCCGCCGCCGCCGCCGCCUCGGCCGCCCCCAAUAACGGCCAGAAUAAAAGUUUGGCGGCGGCGGCGCCCAAUGGCAACAGCAGCAGCAACUCCUGGGAGGAAGGCAGCUCGGGCUCGUCGAGCGACGAGGAGCACGGUGGCGGCGGCAUGAGGGUCGGCCCCCAGUACCAGGCGGCGGUGCCCGACUUCGACCCCGCCAGGAUCCAUCUAACAUCAGCAGUGACAUCCCUUCUUCCUCAUCCUCUUCUGAAUCCAGCUCGAAUUUCUGGCAGUUCCCUGUCUAAACUGGCAAGACGCAGUCAAGAAAGAGAAAAUCUUGGAAUGCUAGUCUGGUCACCUAAUCAAAAUCUCUCAGAGGCAAAACUGGACGAAUACAUUGCCAUUGCUAAAGAGAAGCAUGGGUACAACAUGGAGCAGGCUCUUGGGAUGCUAUUUUGGCAUAAGCAUAAUAUUGAAAAAUCAUUGGCUGAUUUGCCCAACUUUACCCCCUUCCCAGAUGAAUGGACUGUGGAAGAUAAAGUCUUGUUUGAACAAGCCUUUAGUUUUCAUGGGAAAACGUUUCAUAGAAUCCAACAAAUGCUUCCUGAUAAAUCUAUUGCAAGUCUAGUGAAAUUUUACUAUUCCUGGAAGAAGACGAGGACUAAAACCAGUGUGAUGGACCGCCAUGCUCGGAAACAAAAACGGGAGCGAGAGGAAAGUGAGGAUGAACUGGAAGAAACAAAUGGAAAUAACCCCAUUGACAUUGAGGUUGAUCAAAACAAGGAAAGCAAAAAGGAGGUACCCCCAACUGAGACAGUUCCUCAGGUCAAAAAAGAAAAACAUAGCACGCAAGCUAAAAAUAGAGCCAAGAGGAAACCUCCAAAAGGAAUGUUUCUUUCUCAAGAAGAUGUAGAGGCCGUUUCUGCUAAUGCCACGGCUGCAGCCACGGUGCUGAGACAGCUGGACCUGGAACUGGUUUCAAUCAAACGACAGAUUCAGAACAUUAAACAGACGAACAGUGCGCUUAAAGAGAAACUUGAUGGUGGAAUAGAACCGUAUCGACUUCCAGAGGUCGUUCAGAAGUUUAACGCACGUUGGACCACAGAAGAGCAGCUUCUUGCCGUACAAGCCAUCAGGAAAUAUGGCCGAGAUUUUCAGGCAAUCUCAGAUGUGAUUGGGAACAAAUCAGUGGUACAAGUGAAAAACUUUUUUGUAAAUUACCGACGCCGCUUCAACAUAGAUGAAGUUUUACAAGAAUGGGAGGCAGAACAUGGCAAAGAAGAGACCAAUGGGCCCAGUAACCAGAAACCUGUAAAGUCCCCGGAUAAUUCUAUUAAGAUGCCUGAAGAGGAAGACGAGGCUGCUUCUGUUCUCGACGUCAGAUAUGCAUCUGCCUCCUGAGACCCUCUGGUAGCUUUGGACACUCGGGUGGACUACUGCAUCAUCAGGAAAUCAGGUAUUACUGGACAUCACCUAGCCAUCUGCAUCACAUCUCUGUGGACAAGCAGCUAUUACCAAAAAAGGCAUAUACUUUAGUCCUGUGCUACAUCUGCCUUAAUUCUUUGCUCGUUCCUCCAUGUCGGCACCACUUCCCGGAGAGCUCCAUGCGUCUUUCACAUUCUGCCUCAACACUGGGGAGGCCUCCCGUGACUCGGGGUGCGCCUCCUCAGCCGGAGCCCCGUGCCCCACCGACGGCAGCUCUUCCCAGUCAGCAGCUUCAGAACAGGUCGUUGGCCUGGAAGGCUCGACCUUGUUCCUGCAUGGCUUGCAACUUCUACUUUGUGCAUAAUGUAAUUUUCAGAGUAACUGUGACCCUGUUGGCCUUCUAGAAAGUUUCUCAUGUUCUUUUCUGAGGCAACCACCUCAGUGAUACCACGCGUCUUUGGAAAUCACAAUACCAUGGCCGACUGCGUUGUGACCUUUAUCGCGCCAAGCGUCCUGACACAACUCCCAUCCCCUAAACUGUGGAUAGAAUCAUGGUUGAUAAAUUUCAUCGGCUUAAAUCUCCCCCUUCUCCCUUCCCAAGUGGUAGAACGCUCGGUCACAGCAUCUGUCUUUGGACAGUGUAGCCUAAAGGGAGUGUGAACCUCAGAGCUUUCUGCCUUCUCUUCAACAUUGUAAUCCCAGGAUGGGUGCCCCCUCGUCUUCGCUGACCCCACCCCAUCCCCACCACCCCGCCUCCAAGAGAUUGGGUCCAAACCACUGUACCUGGUGCUUGUACAUUUGGAAUUGGUGCCUUCUCCUUUUGGCAACCAUAGUAUGAGUCCUUUUUCUGUUUCAGUGUCUUAUUUCUUCUUGAAAGUUUAUUGCUUGCCAAAGAUGACAUCGCUGGGAUUAGGAGACGGAGAGCUUGCUGCAGGUUCUGGCGGAAUGCGGAUGGAAAUGUCAGCUUAGCUCAGUAAAGGGUGUUGAGUCGCUGGUGAUAGUUUUGUAAAAGCUGCAUGUUUUUUAUUCCUGUUCUGUUGGGAUGCCUGGCCUGUUCCCCGGCACGCCGCGUAUCCCUUUGUGUCCUUCACACGCAGAUGCGAUCACACACGCACCAUCUCCUCGCUUCAAGUCAGAAUUCAGGGCUGAAGAGUGAACUUCCUGGUCUAGUAUAAGACCAGGAUGAGCAGAAACAAUCUACAGAGCAGGAGGUAAUGCCUUUUGGUUGGACAAGUAGAAAUUUCUAGUAAAUCUUCCAGGAUUGUUUUGGUGUCUGUAUGGGACUGUGGGUCUGCUGAAGGACUGCAUUCUAAGGUAGCCUCGCCCCUGCCCGUGGUCCCUUCAGCCUGCAUUAAAUAAUGUCAGAGGAGCCUUUUUUCCUUUUUCUUCUUUUUGUUGCAUCAUUUAGUUAAAUACUUUUUUGCUUUUAAUACCAAAAAGAGAAAAACGCAGGUGCUUCAAGGCAUAAACAGAAUUCUUCAGAAUUUAAAAUAUGCAAUUAGAAUUUGAUGUGUUUUGAAUCCCAAGCACCUUGCCUUUUUUUUUUUUUUUAAAGUAAGUCAGCUGAUUUUUUUCUUUAGAAAGAGAAUCAGCUAGAACCUUAGGUUGUUUGGAAUUCUUUUUUUUUUUUUCCCCAGAAAGCUGGAGAAGGGUCACUCAGGAGGGGGAGUGAAUAGCCUCUCCGAGCUUUUGCAGCCUUGUACUGCACUUGGCGUCUGUUGGUCAAGUAAAAGCCUGUGAAGAAUAGCAGCAGAGGGGGCGGAGGGCAGUCACAGCCCGCUUUUCCUACCUGGAGACAGGUAGCCAAAUAACACUAGCAAUGACGUAGGCUUUUGUUUUUGUGUUUAUCGUGAGCCUGCUAUGUAACUGAAAAACGGCAAGAGAGCCGCGUGGGGAGAAGUGGGGUAGUUUUUGCACGUCUUUUAAAGGGGACACUAAGGCAUGAACAGACGCUUUAGGCUCUCCUUGCUUCUCAAGACCUCCUUCCCCCUGAUGGGAUCAGCAGGCAGCUUGCUGCAGUGGGUUUCCACUCUGCCAGUGGGGCUGUUCCUCUUCACGCCCAGGCUGUUUUCCUUAAGAAUUGAUCCUUCCCGGCAGGCAACGCUUGAAAGCUGGAUGGAUAUCCUCAGUCAGCAUGGCAGGCAGGCCGGCUGUGCCAGGCCUUUCUCUGUGUUCUGCACGGUCCCCUCACUCGCUCCUGGCACCGAGUGGCCUCCCAUCCUGAAGAGUCACUGCUCUGCUGGUGUACUUAGGAGCAUUGCAGUGGGAUUUAGGCUUUCUCUCCAAGGUCAUGUCCUUAUUGUUUGACAGAAAGAGAAAAGAUGGUUGUCUUUGCCUGACUGCCUUUGUUGGAGCUUCAUGCAUAAGAUAGCACUGUGUUUUAAACUUUUCUUCGUGACACUGUCUUGCGAUGAUGUUGUAAAUGCAAGAAAUCACCUAGCUUUAAAAGUUACGUGGUUUGGUCUCAUUUCUGUGAAGACCCUUCUUAACAUAUCAAGAAUGAGGUGCGUCAGCAGGCAGCGUUGGGAUGUGAGGGUCCACAGUGAUAACUGCUUAAGAUGGAAUGUUCACUUAAGCUUUGUCUUCGUAAAAAAUUAUCAAUGUGAAUGUCAUAAUUAUAUAUAUUUUUGUGGAAAAUUUCUCCUAAGUAUAAGUUAUUGUGCAAAAUAUAGUAUCAUUGAAGCAAAUGAUAGUUUAACUUUUAGUUUAGAAAUCCUAAAAGAUAGAAAUUGUAUUGCAUAUGCAUUAAAAGUUUGUUUUAUUUAAUUUUAUAUAGAUGUGUAAAGUGUUAGGUAAACGUUUUUUUUUUUCACUUACCAUUUAAACACCUUGUUACUUGAAUAUUGUGUUAACUGGUCUGAAGCAGUGAUCGAUUUUGUACUAGAGCGCUUUGACCCCAGGACCCCAUGCCUCAGUCGUGCUGGUAGAUUAGCAACAGCGCACAGUCGGGUGCCAGCGGCGGCAGAGCCGAGGCUGGUGGAGCACGUCCGCUGUGCUGUCUUGGUGAGUUGGACCUGCCAAGACUCCAGCUCCUCAAAAUGGGUUUUGGUAGUUUUUCAUUUGUAAGACCCUUUGAUGGCCACAAACCUCUAAUCAAAAACAAGAUGAAAAAAUUGUUUAGUUUUAAAAGCUUACUGUGGUGGACUAAUUAAGCGGUUGUUUUCUGUGUAUAUAAAGUUUCCUCAAAUAUCACACACCACUAUAAGUGUGCUCAUUGUCACUUUAAAUUUCAACUACGUCCUAUUUUUCUCUUUCUAAAUAUCAGAUGUACUAUUGGUAUAAUUGCACACCAAAAAUAAGCCAAACAGUGCAUUACACUAACUGGACCCCUGUUGAUGUGAGCAAAGGAGAGAUGGGGCCAGCUCCCAGGAGGGCCUGGCACUCCACCUGUCCAGCCUGUUUCCAAAUCUAGUGGCCCAGGACUCAAGCUUUUCAUAUCAAGGGAAACUUUGCCUCGAAUUGACGCAAGGUAGUUAGCUAAUCCGAUCUAGUGAUCUCGUGCAAUGCUCGGAAACAAACCCUCUUCCUGCCACUCCUGGAUCUCUGCAGCUUUCCCCGGUUACAGUAAAGCACAAUGCCGUAAAGUCACAGCUCAGCACGGUGCCGUAAAGUCACAGCUCAGAAGGACGGUCAGUAUAGUCUAUGCAUGUUGUAUCAUAAUGAGUGUUUACAGUCAACUCCUCCUAAAGAGAAACUUUAUACUGGAGUGGAUAGGAUCCCAUUAUGUAGACUUCUCAACUUUGCUAAGUGCUUUUUAGAUUGCUUAAAAAUUUUCAAGAUUUUAAAAGAUGUAUAAGGUUAAGUUCACAGAUACAAUGGAAAUGCUGUAUAUCUUUUGAAGUGAUAAAAUCCACGUUGGAAUUUUAAAGAAAAUACAUUGUAAUAAUGCUGUUGUAAUAUUUUAAUGUCUCUGCCUGUUUUCUAUUUCAGCACAGUCAUUGUGGUGAAUGUCAAUAGCAUUAUAAUUGCUUAGCCAUUGAAUGAUAACAUUGGUUAGUGGAAAUUGGAAAAUUUAUUUGUGAAAUUCUGCAGAAUUCAUUUUUCUAUUUCCAAUAUUUGCUGAAGUUAAAUAAAAAUUUUCAAGGCAUUGAUGUAAUAAAAUAUGAAAGAAAAAAAAAUUUUUUUCUGCACCCCCAUUCUCCAUCAAAGCAGUGUCCACCCUAAUACAGAACAGGUAGUUUCUUCCCUUUGCAUCGGGUCUUGGGGUUUCUACUGUAUCAUUUUUGCAGACUUAAGCCCUGUGGAAACACACCAGGGAAGCCUUUUGUUUUUUAGCCUUCAGCUCCACCUGAACUACAUUUUCCUUUCUGUGAGAAACCUUACGUGGUUGGGAUCAAAUGGCGGUUUGUGAGUGUAUAAGGUUUGCAAUAGUUUGAUGGCUUAAAUGAAAAGGUUCAGUAAGAGAAAAAUUUUUUCCCAUUAGUGGUUUUAUACCCCAGCAUGUCCAGGCUUUGACCCCUGGAGGCUGGCCCCUCCACAACCCCCAGCUAUGGCUGUGAAGAGGCAGGGACCACCGCCUUGGCCACCUCUGGUCAGUCCACAGUGGGCGCUUACAGCAUCCAUUGGCCGUCACAGUUUUCAUCUAUGGUCUCCCUUUUUUUUAAGCUGGAUUUGGUUAGAUAACUACUGUGAGAACUGGACACCCAAAUCCAGUGUGGCCUCGAACAGUGUUUAAAAUAGGGAGAUGGGAUCCCUGUAUGACUUAGGGUAGAAGGGAGUAUACACGACAGGGCCUGCCAUCUAGAAAACUGAACGUACAUUCCAGGUUAUAGCAUUAAGUGUCUUGGGAGAGAGUACCGGGCUGUGGAAGUGCCGGGGAGGAAGGGAUCGGCCCGCUCAUGCCUUCAAGGAGUGGAUGACUCUCCAGAGCUAACCCUGGGGGAGGAUACCGUCUCCUGGGAUGAGACCUGGGUGGUGCCUGGGAGUGGAGGGCUGAGGCUCAGCAACCCCCGUGACAACAGGUGCUAAGGCCAGACCCUGGACUUCCCUGCAGGGAGACAGGGGAAGGGAGGCCAACAGGGAGUCAGCCCAGCAAGGGGGGAUGGUUGGGGAGGUGGCCCGUUGUCAAAUGCCACAGGUGUCUCCUAGGAUGGGCUCCACCUUUGUUGCCUUAGAAAAAUAACUUCAGAUGACUGCUAAGGGCGGGACGUGGAGGGUGUUCAGGAGGUAUUGAAGGAAAGGACCUUUUAGACACUUGGACAGACCAGCACUUGUGGAUAGCCAUAGAUUAGAAAGGGUUAGGAGACAAGUCAUGAGGCCCGAAAUCAAGGACGUGUGAGAGGUGAGUCCAGGCUGCCUUCCUUGAAACUAGGAGGAAAGAACCCCUGCACAGCUGCCUCUGUGCCCACACAUCUCCUUCCAGCCUCACACAGAUACCGCUGACCACUCCUCACAUGGGGGCAGCAGGAGGCAGGAGCUCAGGCACCUGCAGCCUGCAAACAGGUGGGUGCCCUGGGGGGCAGCCUUUGGGUGGGGGCUUGGGGUGCUCCUCUGCUGUCCUGCAGGCAACAGGUUUCCGGGCAGUUCUCUGGGCUCCGCCCCUUGCGGCCCACAGCAGUGACCAGUUUUCUUCAUCCUCCACUCUCACUUCCAAAAUCAAGCUCUUCACUCACAGACCCUCAUCUCAGGCUCUGCUUCCGGGUAAAAUCUAGGUCAAGACCACCUGCACAAGUGAGAAGAAUUUCUGUAUCCCCACCAGCCCAGUGCUGCUGGGUAACUUCUUUUGCAGGGAGGGGUAUUGAGAGCACCUACAAAGGGAAGGGAAGGGCAAUGCUCAUGUUGGGAUUGCCAGCUUCUAGAGGCUUCCUUCACAUCUUGCACUAAGAAGAGGAGUGGGCUGUGCAGCCCGAGGCCAGCUCUCCGCAUUCUCUGUGAGUGUAGCCUCCUUGCGUUGUGCUCUCCAGGUGCUGGGCGCUGACUCCUACAGUGAGCGAGGUGGACAAAACCUCCCCAGGGGUGGUUUAAAAUGUUGAAUUGGCAAAUGUGUUAUAUAUAUAUUUUACAACAAUAAAAACAAACAAACUUGUUGCUGAGUUUAUUGAAUCUCUUCCCGGCAGAUCUCAAGCCCUGCCUAUCACUCCACAGCUGCGUCAUGCUUGGGCCAUCGUUUGAGCUGAGACUGGCCACUGGGUGGUCCAGAUGUGCUCAUUGGUUCUGGGCUGGAUGGAAUCAGUACCCCAGGUAGCUGGCAAGCACACUUCCCCCUGUCCUGGAAGUAGCAGGUGGAGGCCUUAAAGAAAACAGACACCAGCACACACAACCUCUACGCCAGCCCUGUACCUGGGCUGGCAAACAGCAGCCUUUCCAUAUCAGGACACGUGUCUAAAAUUGCUUCAUUGUUUUGUAUCAGCUUCAUGGUAUUCUUUUAAUGGCUAUAACAAUCUUCCUAAAACUGCCAUCUGUUGAUGGACACAGGAUCGCCAUUCAUAGCAUCAGAGGACUGGAAAUAACCCGCAUGGUUUUGCACAGCUGUACAUGUCCUUGUAGAAUAAACAUCUAGAAUUGGAGUUUCUGGGUCAGAAGACCUGCUCACUCGACAGUUGAUCUGGAUUGCCGAAUUGCCUCCUACAGGAGCUGUAGCAGUGUCCCAUGCGUCUGCCCUGAGUGAGGAGCCAGCUCCGCACCCCCUUCCUAGCACUGGUGAUGAGACGCUUUAUGAGGUUUGCAGCCCAGCAGACUGAGCUCCUUGAAGUCAGGGCUGUCACGUGUCUCUCAGUCCCAAGAGCUGGCGGUGACCGGCUCUGAGUGCCUGGUCCAGGACUGGGUGCUGGGAGCACUGCAGAGGAAGAGAAAUGCCUGCUGGGCUCGCGCUUGCAGGAACAAGGCUCCACUGUGGCUUCUGAUCGACUCCUGGGGAGUGCGAGGCGCAGCUGCCAGUUCCUGGUAUCCAGAGAAGGAUCAGCUGAGCUUUGGGGUUUUCUUAGGCCCUUGGCUUGUUUUAUUGAGCAAUCUGCUGUUCAGCUAUUUAUUGCCAAAGUAAUGAGAAAAGAAUUCAAAUUAAAGAUCUGGUAAUGGUAGACCUGGAAUGUACUGAAGAGUGCAGCACAGAUUCUGGCUCUCAGGUCCGCCGCUCCCAUCCAUUACUCACUGUGCACCUCCCUCCCGUGGAGAGAUGGUCGGAUGGUAAGUGUGAUCGCGUGUUGGCAGCCACUUCAGCUGAGAUGCAGGCAGGAGAGCUCUUCAGAGCCAAGUGAGAGGCGGGUAGGGACAUGUCCUGCAUGCGGGCUCUUGGGGAAAGCUACAUGGACGGAGGUGACAGCUGAAGAGUGACCAGCAUCUGGCCCAGGAGAGAGCAACUCCAGGAGACCCGGCAGUUUUCCUGGGACGAGCCGGCCCCCAUGGUGAAGUCAGGGCUCUGUUUCCUCCUCAUCCAAUGAAGGGGGUUAGAAUUUCCUGUGGUUCCCCAACCUAACCUGGUACCCACCCAGGCCGGGUUCCCCUGCAGACACUGCAGCCUUGGGGGCGGGGUGCGGCGUCCUCUUCCGUCAUCCCCAUUGACGGAGUCAGAGACGAGCGGGUCCAGCCAAGGCACGGAUGACACUCUGCAGGCUCAACCUCUCUGUACAAGUCCACUCGCACAGGCCUGGGCAGACUCGGACAUUAGCUCUCGAGGUGGGCGCCAGGUCACCCUAACCUUCACUCACCAGUGUUUGGCCCAAGCAGGGAACCUUGCUGGGUAGCCUCCUACUCUUCCUGCAAAGACUUUGUGUAACAAAGGUACUUUGAGUGUGGUGGCUCAUGGCAUUUAAUUGAUUCAAUAGAGUUAGCAAUAAGUAAGUCUUUUUUUCAUUGUAAGAAAUAUAACACAUUGCCAAUUCAACAUUUUAACCAGUCUUUAUACUGUGAAUAAUUGUGUACAGCAAGUUAUUUGUGUUUGUUUUAGUCAUAAUUGCUUAUUUAAGAUCUGUCCUCUAGGGACCGAACAUGCGAUACUUUAUUUAAUCAUCACAGCAGUCUCUGGAGUAGGAACUAUUGUUCUCCCUGUUUGUAGAGGAGGAAACCAACACUGAGAUCAGCCUGUGUUGUCCAAGGUCGUACAAGUGGAAAAGGCCAGAAUCGGAACUAGACAAAAUAGAGCCUUGGCUCCAGGGUGCGGCCUCUUCUCCUGGACCAGGGAGGCUACACUGCGCCCUCACUACGCAAGAUCCAUGUGACCUCAGCCACUCCCUUACCUCCUGGCCUUCCCUCACUUGUGCCUCAGGGAUCUGGCCGCCUGAGGAGGGUGAGCUAAGUAAGAGAAUCCAUGUAAAAACUUCUGCCCAGUUGCUGCGCAUGGAAUAGGUGCUGGAUCAAUGUCUGAUACAUUCGUUCUGUGACGGUUAAUUUCGUGUGUCACCUUGGCUAGGCCAUGGUGCCCAGUUGUUCGCUCAAACACUAGAUGCUGUUACAAAGAGAGUCGCGUGUGCUUAAAUCAGUUGGCUUCAAGGAAAGCAGAUCACCCUCCAUAAUGUGGAUACGCCUUAUUGAAUCAGUUGAAGGCCCUAAGAGCAAAAGGGGUGUUUUCUCGAGGCAGCAUUCUGUCUCUAGACCGUGAAUAGAUAUUUUUGCCAAAAUUCCUCCACUUCUCCCGUCGAAUGACCUAUGGAUUUUGGGUUUGGGAUCAUAAGACUGAAGGAGUCUCUAGUCAGUCAGCUGACAUACAGAUUUGGAACUAGCCAGCCCCCCACAACUGCAUGAGCCAAUUCCUUCAAGUCAACCAACCUCUCUCUGAUUAUACUCUGACUGGUUCUGUUUCUCUAAAGAGUCUUAAGACACAUUCUAUAAAGAAAAGUCUUGGGGUUGUGUUUCUGGCAUCUUCUAUGGGGCAGAGUAACUGCCGAGCUUUCCCAGCUCAUCGGCCUCCACAGGAAGCCUCGCUUCUUGAGCACACCACCUCUAAUCUUAGCCCCAGAGCAGUGGUCUGCUGUGUUUUUGAUGGCAUACUCUGUUGGUAGAGUGUUCUGGCGAUGCACUGGCAGCGUGUCUGCAUUCAUGUAUAACUGUGUACAGGUGCUAUUUGUGGUCAGUUCAAUUUUAGUAAAACUGACAAGCUGUUUUCUUCCCACACCCACUGUUCUAGACGACUCAGUCACACUGGCAGUCCCUUGCCAUCGUUAGUCUGUGGCAUGGGACUGCCUGGGAUGUUAAACAGGCAGGAUGGCACUUUUCUAAUGAAGAAACUAAGGCCCAAUGGGUUGAUGUGACUUGCCCAAAGUCACUUGGCCCAUAAGUAGCAGUUGGGCUGGAGACCUGGGUGCCAGCUUCAAGACAGACCUCCUGCCAGGGGGCCUGGGUGCCACAGCAGCUCGGAAGUGGAGAAGAGGUGGGCUGGGGCAUCGAGGUGUGGGUUUGAGUGUUUCCACUCGAGGUUUGACCCAUGGCUGAGCCUGCCCUAAGCCCCCCGUAGUCCCUGCAGAGUGCAGCUGCCAACUCCCCCUCAGUCUCAGUCACAGGCCUGAGGGCCACUUGAGGGAUGUCCUUUCUAGCCUUAUGCAACGGAAGGUCCUUCUCCAAAGCCUCCUGCAUAGUCCUCUCCAGGUUGCCUGCCAGCCUCUUACAGGCCUUGAUUUCCCCUCACCAGGACCGUGACAGUAGAUGUGGCUCAUUGUCCGGCUUGUAGCAGAGCCUGUUGUUAUUGUUAGCUGCCAUCGAGUUGGCCCCUGACUCGUGGUGACCCUAUGCACAAUGGGAUGAAAUGCUACCCAGCCUUGCACAGCUACCGUCAUGUGUUGUGGAUCAGAGCAUUGUGUUCCAUCAGGUUUUCACUGGCUGAUUUUCAGAAGUAGACUGCCAGACCUUUCUUCCUAGUCCAUCUUAGUCUGAAAGCUCCACUGAAACCUGUUCAGCAUCAUAGCAGCACACAGGCCUUCGAUGACAGACAGGUGGUGGCUGUGCGCGAGGGGCGUUGGCUGGGAAAGGACCUGGGUCUCCCGCAUCGAAGGCUUCUACCGCUGAACCACCACCGCCUCUGUAGCAGAGCACCUGCUGGAAAACACAAGUGGGUAGACCUACUAGAGCUGGCAUCGUGCCCUCCUUGUUGGCGAAGUCCUGGUCAUCCCCCCACCACCGAUCCACCUCUCCGCCACGGCUCCAUCCAAAUUGGACUCUGCCAUUUCCCCAUCUCAUCCUUUUUGGGCCCUUGUUGAAAUGCCAGCCAGCCAUUGAUUCGAUCCUACAGGUUCCGUCCUCCCUAAAGUGUGAUGUCUGGUUCCUCUCUCUAACCCAGAACCCUGAGCCUGAGUACCUGGGGGUGUUCAGUGAACAGCUCACUGUCAGCACCAUGAAGCCAGGGGCUGGAUGAGUCCUUGGUGCUACUGAUCAGUCACCGCAGCAGGGCCAGUCUGGCCCUCCGCAUACCCUGGGAGGAGGACCUCCGCGUACCCUGGGCGGAGGGGUAGGCCCUUCCUCGUGAACUCUGCACUUGGUCUACUUUGAUCAGUGGAGCAUCCGCAAGAGGGACGUAAGCAGAGCUUGGAAAGCACUGUGCUUUAGGGCUUGCCCCUUGCUGCAGAGA